AUUUUUCGUUUUCCCCUCUCACAUGGAGGAAGGAAGGUUCUUUACGUUUCGGUUUCCCCUCACUUUCUCAGCUUCUGACCUUUCCCGAGAAAAUUAGGGAGCACGGAAAAAGAAAAAGAGCUUCGAACUGUGCCCUUGACACGAGACUUCCCUGAUCAUGGACGACUCGAUCCCCGUCAAUUGGGAGUCGCUGGACGCGCUGGUGAUGGAUUUCGCGAGAUCGGAGAACUUGGUCGAGGACGCGCUCCCCGCGUCGCCGCCCUCGUCGCCGUCGUCCUCCUCGUACGGAUCGCGGCUGGUCAAUCGGCAGAUCCGGCGGCUGCUGGAGGCGGGCGAGAUCGAUGCUGCCAUCGAGCUUCUCAGGUCUCACGCGCCCUUCAUCCUCGACGAUCACAGGAUCCUCUUCCGGCUGCAGAAGCAGAAAUUCAUUGAAUUGUUGAGGAAGGGGACGUCAGAGGAUCGCGAUGCUGCCAUUAAAUGCUUGAGAACGUCUCUCGCACCUUGUGCUCUUGAUGCUUACCCGGAAGCGUAUGAGGAGUUCAAGCACGUUCUUCUUGCCUUUAUAUAUGACAAGGAUGAUCAGUCUUCUCCUGUGGCGGAUGAGUGGUCUGAAAGGAAGAGGUUUGAUAUUGCUGGCCUUAUGUCAUCAAUAUUAAGAGCUCAUUUACAUGCAUAUGAUCCACUCUUUUCGAUGACACUGAGAUAUUUGAUAAGCAUACAUAGGGAAUUUCGCUUUCCCCAAGGAAUAUCAUCACCAAUUUCGGAUCUCACUAAAAUAUUGCUCCUUGAGGAGCGUGAUCCUCCCACAACUGUUGAAGAAAGCUUGUGUGAAGCUCCCCCAUUUGACGAGGUUGACAUCCAAUCUCUUGCGCAUGCCGUUAAGCUUCCUAGACAAGGUGCAGUUGACAGCUUGAGAUUUGCGAAGGGAGAUUUGUUUCUGGCAUUUCAGAAUGAACUAUGUCGAAUGAAAUUGGAUAUACCGAUUCUUGAUGAGCUUGUCCGCGAGUAUUGCCUUUACAGGGGUAUUAUCGACGCCAGUCUUCCAUUUCCUUCUGAGAUUGAAAUGGGAAAGAUCUCCAAAGAUCCAAAAGUUGGUCAACCAGGGCAUGAUUUAUCAGGAAAUUGUUCGCCUGAAUUGGAUGAGUCUCAGGCGGGUAAACAGUCCGAUGGUGAAGUCCUGGGCAACAGCUGCAUAGAUGUUUGUUCAGACAAUAACAGUGAUGUAAUAACAAUGGAAGGUACUGAUAUUGAGCUACGUUAUGCUAGUGAGCCAACAGGUAAUUAUGAAAUUUGUAGCACGAGCAGUUCCCAGCGGUUCAACCAUUCAAAAUUUCUUCAAAGAAACAGAAACCGUGGAGCUGGUGAGAGGAGGAAACGUAAGCGAUGGAGAGGAAGGCAUGAUGACAUGAUUUUUGUACCUGAGACGUCCUUUGUUAGAAGCAUCAAACAGGAGCUCCAGAUUGCUGCUUCAGUGUCUUGUGCAAACAUGUCGAGAGAACAAGAGGGUUCAGAAAGAAGAUUUAUUUUUGGGAACCAAAAUGGGGAGGAUAAAUAUGAAUUCCUUCUAGAGAUGAAGGAACUAGCUAUCAAGGGAAUGGCAGCUGAGGUUGUUGAAGAAAUUAACUCUAUGGAUCCCAAUUUCUUUGUGCAGAAUCCUGUUUUGCUGUUUCAACUUAAGCAGGUUGAAUUUCUUAAGUUGGUCACUUCGGGUGAUCACUCUAGUGCUCUUAGGGUUGCCUGCAGCCACUUAGGUCCUUUAGCUGCUAAAGAUCCAGCAUUACUAAAGCCCUUGAAGGAGACUUUGUUGGCAUUACUCCGUCCUGAGGAUGAUUCAAUUGGAAAAUGCUUGCCUUUGGAUGCUCUUGCAACUUCACUGCAGGUUGCAAUCGGUCGAAGCCUUGGGAUUGAAGAACCUCAGCUCAUGAAAAUAAUGAGAGCAACCCUUCACACACACACAGAGUGGUUCAAACUUCAAAUGUGUAAAGAUCGCUUUGAGAGCCUUUUGAGGAUUGAUUCCUUGAAGGAUGUUAGCCGCCCCAUGGUUGCAGUAGCUGCUUUAUCAAAAUCAAAUACUGAUAGCGCUCAGGGUUCCUCAGUGGUCACGACAUCUUCAAGUCCUAGGAUGGCUGAUGAUGGAAGCAGUCCUACUCAUGUUUGUUCUAGUGAUGCCGUAUGUGAUGAAAGUGCGAUUCUUAAAGUCAUGGAAUUUCUUGCUUUAACUAGGGCUGAUGCCAUCCAUCUGCUGGCUCAGUACAAUGGUAACGCCGAAACGGUCAUCCAGCAAUUUUUGGGGUAGUCUGAGAUCUGGUGUCUGUAUGUGCUCGAGGACAUUUGUUUAUUCUUUCACACAUAUUCAUUCAUGGUGUACCAUAGCUUUGUUAGGUAAGACAGUCGGAAUGCGCAGGUUCUUCUUGCACGUCUAUGUAUGAUCUCUUCUCCACCAGUGUAGUUGAUGAACAUGGGUGCCCUAAAACUCUUGAAAAGAUGCAGGGUGUGGUGGAAUGUACAAAAUACAAUAACUUGUAGCAAUGCUUUUGUCGUAACAUGCUCCGAGGCAA